AUGAAGAAGUGUGUCAAGGUUGUUGAUGACAUUCUCAUCUUCGACGAUGACCAUACUGACACACUACCACAGGAUCCACGAAUUGCUCACCCGCCUGCCGCAAAAAUGGCAUCACUCUCAACAAAGAAAAAGUUCACAGUGGCAGAGACCAGAGUGAAUUUCUGUGGCUUCACCCUUUCCGAAGAAGGAAUUGCUGCUGACCCAGGACGAGUUGCUGCUCUGCAAGACUUCCCUACACCAUCCAACCUGACGGACUUAUGUUCCUUCAUGGGAUUAGUAAACCAGUUGGCAGAGUUUACCCCAGAUAUUGCCCUGACUGCACAGCCCCUUCGACCACUCAUGAGCCCCAAGCGCUCUUUUCUUUGGACACCUGACCAUCACCAGGCCUUCAAACGUGUGAAACAAGCACUUUCAAGCCCGCCUGUUCUUGCGUCUUUUGACCCAACCCUGCCAACCAUUCUCCAGACCGAUGCAUCUCGCCUCUAUGGAGUAGGCUACGCUCUCCUCCAGGCCAUGGAUCUGGACAUCUCCGAGUAG